AUGCGGCGCGCCAGCCGAGACUACUCCAAGUACUUGCGCGGCGCCGAGGAGCUGGGGGCCGGCGCUGAGUGCGGCUCCCCUCCGCCGCCGCCCUCCUCGCAGCCGCCCGGGGGGGCGCCCGGCCCGUCCGGCUCCCCGUCCGCCUCCCGAGCCCUCCUGGCCGCCCUGGUCCUGCUGGGGCUCGGCCAGGUGAUCUGCAGCCUGGCGCUCUUCCUCUACUUCAAAGCGCAGAUGGACCCUCACCGAAUGUCCGAAGAGGAUACUAACUGUCUACGAUCCUUCCUGAGACUUCAGGGAAAUGUAGAUCUGCCAGAGACCACCUUGGCCAACCAAGAAUCAAAACUGCUGUCUGAAUCGUGUCGAAGGAUGAAGCAGGCUUUUCAGAGAGUAAUGCAAAAGGAAGUCCAACGUCUGAGUGCGGGAAAAGACCAGUCACGAUUGGAGAAAUCCACCAUGGGAGCUUCACCCAAUUCAGAUUUACCCAAGAAAAGUAAACCUGAGAAAGCACCAUUUGCUCACCUUAUAAUUGAUGGCCACAAUAUUCCAUCUGGCACCGGGAAAGUCAACCUGACGUGUUGGCAUCAUGACAAAGGCUGGGCCAACGUGCUGAAUAUGACGUUCAGCGACGGCCGACUCGUAGCCAAUCACGACGGCUUUUACUACCUGUACGCCAAUGUCUGCUUCAGGCACCACGAGACAUUGGGAAACCUGACCGGGCAGAUGCUGCAGCUGAUGGUCUACGUGAUCAAAACGGAUGCCAAGAGGCGGAACUCCGUGGUCCUGAUGAAAGGCGGAAGCACUAAGAAUUGGUCGGGGGAAUCCGAAUUUCAUUUCUUCUCCGUAAAUGUGGGAGGUUUCUUCAAACUGAAGGCGGGAGAGAUUGUGAGCAUCCAGGUCUCCUAUCCUUCCUUACUGGACCACUCUCCGGAAGGAACUUAUUUUGGAGCUUUUAAAAUCAGAGAUAUCGAUUGA